AUGAAUAGGAUAAUGAUUCUUGAUAAAAAAUAUUUACAACUAUCACAAACGCUAAAUUCCACUAAUGUGAUACUAGAUACUAUCGGCAAGAUUAUAGAAAUCUUGACUAAAAAAACUAAUUGUAUAACACCACAAACUGCUAGGAUUACACACGAAGUAAUGGCAAGAGAGCCAGAGUUUAUAAUUCAAGACUCAAAUAUACCGAAGAAUACCAAAACUUUAAAUAUAAUCUCGCUCAUUGGAAGUUUCUUGUCUCUCUCAGGUAUUAUGGGUAUAUGGAUUACAGCAACUGUUUUUCAGGCCUGGAGGAAAAAACCAGGCACUAAAAUUCUUAUCAACUUAACUGUAUAUAACUUGGGUACUAUAUGUGAAGGUGAUGAAAAUGGAAUUAUUCGCAAGAAAAUGAGAGUUGUAUGCAUUAUAUUGGGUGCUUUAUUACACUAUUCCGUUCUUGCUAGUUUUAUGUGGAUGCUGAUAGCUGCUUCUCUGCAAUUCAUACGUUACGUCAGGGUGUUCGGUGUAUAUAGACCAUCAAGAUUUAUGGUAAAAUUCACAUUAAUUGGGUGGGGAAUACCAGUUUUACCCUUAAGAUUAUCAAUAUUUUUAUUCUUUUUGUUGGGUCUUACAUGGGUAUUUGGUUUGUUUUCUUUUAGCAAGAACCUAAUUUGGUCAUAUCUUUUUUGUCUGACAUCGACGCUACAGGGCUUCGUCUUGUUUGUAUAUUUUGUUAUAUGCGACCCAAUUACAAGAAAUUUGUGGGUCGCGUUGUUAAAUAGCUCUUCCAAAUGCGAAAUAAAAGAGACACAAUAA